AUGCAGCUUUCUCUCAUCGUCCUCGCCGCCGGCGCCGGUGCUGCCAUGGCAGCCCCCCAGCUCGCCCCCCGCCAAAACGCCUGCUUCAUCGUCGGCAACACCGUCCUGCCCCAAGAAGUCUCCGACGCCGUCACCUCGCUCCAGAACAAAGUGACCUGCGACACCUCCAAGAAGACGCUCUCCGGCGUCCCCGACGUCUCCGCCGGCAGCGUCAAGUUCUCCUCCAUCAACUUCGCCGACGCCAAGGGCCAGACGCCGCUCGCCUUCGCCCUCGACAAGUUCGCCACCACGGAGCCGCUCGCGUCCAACGACCUGGCCACCUUCCAGAACCAGCUCGACGCCUACGUGGCCACCGAGGCCGGCAUCCGCAGCGUCGGCGGCAACCUGGCGAUCAAGGUGCCCAAGUUCUUUCUGAGCAUGCAGGUGCAGCGGAUCGCGACCGCGCAGGGAAACCCGCCCACGGCGGCGGGGCAGCAGGUUGACCAUCUGAGGGACAAGGUGCUGAAGAACGCGCCCAAGGAGGAUAAGGCGCUGCUGGACCAGGUUACUGCGCUGGCGGCCAAGACUACCUAA